AUGAAGCAAAGGCUGAAGAAGCAAUCAUUGUCCAAUUGGUGUAUAUCUCACCGGGAGAGAGCAAGAGAAAUUGUUGAAACCUGGGAUAAAUUAUUCAAUGCUUCCCAGAAGGAGCGGCGUCUCUCUUUUCUAUACUUGGCUAAUGACAUCUUGCAAAAUAGUAAGCGAAAUGGUAGUGAGUUUGUCAACGAAUUCUGGAAAGUUCUUCCAGCAGCUCUAAGGCAUGUUUAUGAAAGUGGUGAUGAAUUAAGAAGGCUAGCAGUGGGAAGACUAAAUGAGUACACUGAACUGAAAGGUAUAGCUCAGAAUGUUAAAACUGUUCAGUUGCUGCUGAGCAUUGCUUUUGUCAAUGGUGCUUGUUCAGUUUCAUCUUACCUCAUCCCUUUUGGGGAUGCUUUGACAACCCUUCCCUUUUUCUUUGAACAGAAUGCAUUUGACUGCCCAUUUCUUGUUAAUGAAGAGAAAUGA